GAGACGACUGAACAUCAAAGCUAGAGAAGAAUAAAGAACUCCAUCCGCGGAAUACGGUCAUGGAAGUGGACGUAAAUAGGUGUGCCUUAAACAGGUUAUAGCUACACCGCAAGGGUGAAACCCGAGGCUCACUUUUUAAACAAAAACAAUUGGGAAUUACCAUCGUCUCAGAUUCAGCGACUUGAUUGUCUCAGUCGGUCAUGAUUCAUUUAUUAGCCUAUUUACUUUUACUAUUUACUUUAUUGGUCCUCCACCCAUCACAAAGGCCAAUGAGAGCGGAUACGACAAACCUACAUUCACGUAUUUGUGCUGCAUGUAGAUUCAUUCACGUAUUUGUGCUGCAUGUAGCUACAUUCAUUUUUCUAUUAUGUUAACUUAAUAAUUAGCAGUGGUGCGCCUUCCUUGUGCAAUAGUGAAAUAGUGAAACUAUUUCAUAAUUCUGAAUCCAGGAUGAUACCAAGGUUCCUAACGUGGGAAAAAAAUUGAGGGGAAAUGAUUGCCAUGCUCAUUAAUGAGACCAUCUCUCAAUCUCUCAACUGAACAAUAGAAGUUAAAAAUUCACAAAAAUCUGGGUGGUCUAUAAAUCAAAGCACAGAACAGCGUGGAAGAGGUAGACUCCCUACGCAACACAUUGUACCUCAGACUAGUGUCUGAAUUAUACAGUAUGUUCAGUCUAAUGAGAAUGUUAUCUAGGUAAAUACUGAUCUGAUUAAAUAAGUACUGAUCUGAAUGUGAAAAAUGACAGGUGUGCUCUGCUUUUGGUUGAGCACUGCAACCACCUGUGCUGAUGCUUCUCAGCAUUUUCACUUUCAUUUCUUCUGUGUUUUUUUUUUUUUUUUUUUGCAUUUGACUUUCAAAUUGACCUUGGGCAUAUUUUUUGGCCAACGAUUGAGUCACUCUCCAGUUUCAGUGGAGCUAUAACAGGAGGUCUGAGCUUGAAAAGCAUAUUUUUGAUCUUUUUCGUCUGCUAAAUUUCCCAAAGAAGCGAUAGUUGGAUAGAAUGUUGCAUGUUGGCAAGCAACGCACAGACCGAAUGACAGCCCAUAGAUACCAGAAAAUGGCAACAGUUGUUAACCUGGAACUAGAUGACCUUCAGGACAAAUCUAGCCGCUAUGAACUCCUGGCCUGGCUUAACAAUUUACUACAAACUAAGUUUACUAAUAUGGAAGAGAUAUGCUCAGGGGCAUGUUUUUGCCAGCUGAUAGACUGGCUCUUUCCAGGGUCCAUUGACAUGAACAAAGUGAAGUUUCAGUGUCAGGAGAAGGCAGACUUUCGCCACAACUAUAGUCUUCUGCAGACAGGAUUCAGAAAAAUGGGUGUCACAAAAAAUAUCCCAGUGGAAGAGCUAAUAACAGGGAAAUUCAAGCCUAAUUUUGCUUUUCUGAAGUGGUUCCGGAAGUUUUUCCAAGCUAACAUGACUGGGCAGGUAUAUAACCCACUGGAGGCACGUAAUGGACAAGCGAUUGCACAUGCACAACCUAAUUUUCGGUCUCCCCAGAGAUCAAAAUCACCAACAAACCUCAGUAUGUCUGGAAAAGGGAAGGAGGAUACUGACUCAGAUGUGGAUGUCCCUGAAAAAAAGUCCAUUACUUAUGACCCCCAGUGGCAAGAAACCUUCAAAUGGAUCAAGCCCAGCACUCUGGGGGAUAUCUAUGCAUACUGUACAAUCUGUGAUUUAAAUAUUACUGUGUUUAACUCAGGAUUGCUUGAUUUAAAACACCACCAGCAGUGUAGAAAACACAAAAUGCAAGAAUUAAAGGCAUCCAGAAAAGGAAACCAGGUCAAGGAUUUCACAUGCAGUGAACUCAUGCUGCGCUUCAUUCAAACCCACUGUCUGCGUACUCACACUAAGAAGGUCUCCCAGCGUACAGCUAGACAUGUUCUUGGAUUACAGUACCCAAAAGACAUUUCUGCUGCUGCUAAGAAGGUCUCUUACUGUAUCUACCUUUAUGGACAUGUGGCACUAGAUAAAGAGAGUGAGGAAGAGAACUACAGCUGUGUAGUACUUCUGGGGUUCUUUGACGAAAAGGCUGCAAAACAUCGCAUAAGAAUUCUUGAUAUCUUUCAGCGUGUAGACUCUGAUGAUGCUAUUGUUGAAUCUUUGAAGGACAUUCUGAAACGAUUUGAGUUACCUGUGAGAAACAUGGCAGCUUUCUAUGUUGAUGACCAGGAUGAGAUGUCUGGGAAGGUUUCCCUGAAACUGAAGAACCUCAAUCCAAAUGCAGUGGCUCUUGGUGGGCUUUAUAGUUUGGCAGACUCAGCCUGUAAUGCUGGAGUAAAGGCCUUUUCUGACAAGGUUCAGCAGCUUAUUGUUAACGUUUAUGAACACUGUUCUACUUGUUGCACUAAAAAUGACCAUCUUAAGGGAUUGUUUGCUGGUGUUUGUGGCCUUGAUGGUUCUGUCCACUCUCUCUCCCAGAACAGCAAAACAUUUUGUAUCCUAAUAAAGAAGGUGCUUGAAAUGUGGACAGACCUGAUCUCAUACUUCACUUCCUGCAGUGAGAAUGAUGACAAGGUUAAACACAUCUGCUCUCAAUUGGAGGAUCCCAAACUCAGGAUCUCCUUCAUGUUCCUGGACCAUGCCCUUGGACCACUUAAAACCUUUAAUGAUCGUCUAGAAAGGCGUGAGGGUUUUGCUCGUGCAGACCUUGUUCAGAUCCUACGGGAAGCAAGUGGCCUACUUCGCUCCUAUGCCUCAUCAUUUCUCCAUCCUCAGGCUGUGGUGCAUUUUCUGAAAGAACAAGACCUAGCCAUACUUGAGAACCCAAAGCUGCACCUUCCUAGCAAUGAACUGAGCUUUGGUGGGAAUGCAGUGGAGAAAUUUCUGUCUGAGAGGGAAGCAGAGCUGACUGACUUUCUGAAGGCAUUUCAGGAUGGGUGUAUGGCUUUUUAUAAGGCACUUACAGCUUGCAUUGCUGAGGGGCUGCCAUUGAGUGACGGUAUCCUGAGGAGUAUGUCUCAACUUCUAAGCCCGGAAGGACGGUUAAAGGUCACAAGCAAAGGUGUCGUAGAACUUGGUGAACAGUUUGGCCUCGUAAUCAACCCAGAGGUAUCUGCCCAGCUCAGAGAUGAGUUUCUAGAAUAUCAGCUCAUUGAGGAAGGAAAUGGGGAAGACAAUGGUGAGAAUGGACAUGCUGAAGGACAACCAGUUUGCUUUCCUAGUCCUUCCUUGGAGCAUCAUUGGAGUUCUGUCCUCAAGACCACUGCCAAAACAUCUGUCUUUAGGCAACUUGUCCUUAGUCUUUUGGCUUUGCCCUGUCCACCUCUUGAAGCUGAGAAAGUCUUUGCUCAGGCAGUGGAGAAUGGGGACAUUGGCCAAUUGGAUGACCAUUUGACAAACAGUGAGUCUGAUUCCCUCAAAGAAGUGGAUUCCACUAAUGACGAUUCAUCCUCAGAAGUCUCCAGCACUAAGGCAACGCCUGUCAGAAACGGGAGGAAAAAGAAGACAUUAAAGCUGAGUGACCUUUCAGUCUCAGUGAAGCCAUGCACGGUGCGACUGCAGAAGAUAACCAAUAAGACAGCAAUGGACAUAAACAAAGAUGGGGACCAAGUGUUUACUGAAGAUGAUGUAGUUUGGACUAAAGAGGACUCCAUUAGGGGGAUUUAUGGUUGGGAAAGCAGUUUGCGACAGAAGCCGCAGGCCCGCACUGUCUUUCAGGCUGGGUCAGCCACAUGGGCCAAACCACAGAGCCUCCAAUUGGACAAGAAGGAAGAGGCGACGAAAAAUGAUGGAGGCCAAGCUGUAUCAAGCAUCACUACACCAAGUCCCAAGCCUGGAAAGAGAGCACAAAUGUACCAGGAUGGGAAGGGUUUUAAGGUUGGAGAGCUGGUGUGGGGGAAAGUGAAGGGUUUCUCAUGGUGGCCUGGUCUUGUGGUGGCCUGGAAGACAAAGACAUCUCCCCAAUAUCUGAGACGUGUUGAAUGGUUCGGAGAUGGCAUGUUCUCAGAGAUUUAUACAGAGAGACUAAUGCCUUUUGCGGAAUUUGCAAAGUGCUUCUGCAACAAUUCAUAUGCCAGUCUGCCCACUUACAAAGACGCCAUUUACCAGGUUCUUGAGUUGGCAGGUGAGCGUUGCUCACGGACCUUCACAGCCUCGGGGAACAAACAAGAGAUAAAGGCCAUGCUGGACUGGGCUUUUGGGGGCUUUCAACCCACAGGCCCUGAGGGAUUUGCACCUCCAGGUACUUGUGCUUCAUCUGUCAACCAAAAAGCUGAGUCUUCAGACUCCUCUGUGUCUGAGUAUCAACCUCCAGCCAAGAGGAAAUAUGUCCACAGAAGCAGACCUUCCACAACUCAGGAGUACACAAGAGAGCAAAUGGUUGAUCAAGUUUCAGUAAAAGGGAAAAACAUUGAAGAUUUCUGCCUCUCAUGUGGCACUCCAGACAUUGAGAUUUUCCAUCCACUCUUUGAAGGCAGCCUUUGUUUAAAAUGCAAGGAGAAUUUUACAGAGACUUUAUACAGAUAUGAUGAAGAUGGAUAUCAGUCUUAUUGCACUAUCUGCUGUGCUGGCCUGGAGGUCAUUCUGUGUGGCAAUGCCAGCUGCUGCAGGUGUUACUGUAAGGACUGUCUGAAUAUGCUGGUUGGACCAGGGACAUUUGACAAGUUGAAAGACGUAGAUCCAUGGAGCUGCUACAUUUGCCUGCCCCCUAACAAAUAUGGUGUGCUUAAGCUCAGGCCAGACUGGAGUGUGCGUGUUCAGGAGUUCUUCGCCAAUAACAGUGCCUUUGAAUUUGAACCACACAGAGUGUACCCCUCAAUUCCCGCUCAACAGCGCCGGCCUAUCAAGGUUUUAUCCCUCUUUGAUGGAAUUGCGACAGGUUACCUUGUUCUGAAAGACCUAGGCUUCAAGUUAGAGCGUUACAUUGCUUCGGAGAUCUGUGAGGACUCUAUUGCUGUAGGGAUGGUCAAGCAUGAAGGAAAGAUUGAAUAUGUCAAUGAUGUGCGCACCAUCACCAGGAAACAUCUGGCAGAAUGGGGACCGUUUGACCUUCUGAUUGGUGGUAGUCCCUGUAACGACCUAUCCAUGGUGAACCCAGCCAGAAAAGGCCUUUUUGAGGGCACAGGCCGACUGUUCUUUGAGUACUACCGUAUGCUAACUAUGAUGAGGCCAAAAGAAGACGACGACCGGCCUUUCUUCUGGCUCUUCGAGAAUGUGGUGGCCAUGAGCGCACAUGAUAAAGCUGAUAUUUGUCGCUUUUUGGAGUGUAAUCCGAUCCUAAUUGAUGCUGUGAAAGUGAGUCCCGCCCACAGAGCGCGCUACUUCUGGGGCAAUCUACCUGGAAUGAACAGACCACUGUCUGUAUCACUUAACGACAAAGUAGAGCUGCAGGACUGCCUGGAAGUUGGUCGGGUUGCUCAGUUUAAUAAAGUUCGCACCAUCACAACAAAAUCUAAUUCCAUUAAGCAAGGAAAAAUGGGGCCUCUUCCUGUUACCAUGAAUGGGAAGGAGGAUUACCUUUGGUGUACAGAGAUGGAAAGGAUAUUUGGCUUCCCUAAGCAUUACACUGAUGUGAAUAACAUGAGUCGAGGCCAGAGGCAGAAGGUUCUGGGGCGUUCCUGGAGUGUUCCUGUGAUUCGUCACUUAUUUGCACCACUGAAGGAUUACUUUGCAUGCGAGUCUUAGUUAUCCUUUAACUACUAUGGAAGUAUAAUUGUGCCAACUGUCCUCAAUUAAGGGACACUUGGAUGAUCACUUUACAGUUGGUUUUAUGAACAAGUCAUUCCCUUCGAAUGCUAUUGAAGUUAGAAACGUGUAUACCAAUGUCGUAUGUAACUUUAGAGACGGUCCCUUAAUUUGCGCAUAUCUGCGAAUGCUGAACAUCCAACGUCAAGCCAACUUUAUGCCAGUCCGCUCGGUUCAUCUUCUCUUGUGGCUUGUCAGCACAAUCCCACCACUAGCGGGCCAGCCCACAGUAGCAUGUUACAGUAGUAUCGGCAAUCCAUUGCUCUUCCUGUGAGACCCGGAUGUUAAGACCUGAAUUUUUGCAGCCUGAAUUUGUGAGGUUGAAAAAUAGUGUGUUGAAAUAUUAUCUGACAAAUAAUGAAGAUGGUAUUUUAACAACUGAAUAUUUUGGAACCGUAUUUUAGGAAGGUGAAUAUGUGUGUAUUGAAUUUUAAAUGCUGGAAUUUUGUUUUCAGUCAAAAUAUACAAACCCAAUGUAUUGCAGAGGAAACUAAUUCAAGCAUUGUUAUUGCUGUGGGUUUUUUUUUUUUAAUUUGUGUCAAAUUGCUGGGCAGAAAAAUUCAAGUAUUGUUAUUGCGAUAACUUUUUAUUCAACAUGCUAUUUUGCCUUGAGGACAGUUGGCACUAUUAUACUUCCAUAAAACUACUAUCCUUUAACAACCUUGAGAUUCAAAAGGAGAGGAAAAGUAAUGCCUUGGAAUUUUUUUACCUACAACCCUAAAAUCUGUUUCUUAGCAAUUUUUUUAAUUAAUGAAUUUUUAGAAGAUUUUUGGUGUUUUGCAAACUUUGACCUUUUAGAAAAUCUGUUUUAUGACACACUUUUAUUAUUUUAAAGUCACCUGGUCGCUUUUUUCAGCUUGAGCAAGGUCAGGAUGCACGGACACUUUUUGGUUUUAAACAUUCUAUGUACUGUUGAUCUAGUUUUGUUUAGACUGUCUUUUUUUAGUCUGUCUUAAUGACAAUGUUGUGCUAGGGAGCCACUGAACCCCCACCCCACUACCUCAGUUAUAAUUUGUGAUUGGUGCAUUAUCUGGAAAAAUGCUGUUUACCUAUUUAUACGUUAAUGAAUGACAGUGAGUUGGGCUUAUAGGCACUCUUAAUGCUACAUAAGUUUAUCAGGUCAGGAAUUUUUUUUAUAAAUAAUCAUCAGACUGGUCAUUUUAAUUCAUGCCAUCAUAUAUUUUUCAGAAAUUUUUCUGCCUCAGUUUACAUACUACUUUUACAUUACCAUCACUGAUAUUCUCGACAGUUUUAAAUGUAAUCAUGUAAUAUAUUUUUAUAGUACAAAUCCCAAAGCUGAUUCGAAUAUGAAAAAAAAUCUAAUCAGAAAUUGAAUAAGCCUCGAUUUGACAAGUUGACAGCUUUACUUUUUGAGCUUUUGGUGCUAUCACUUUUUAUUGAAGUUUCUCUGAAUAUAAGGAAAAGUUUUAAAUUUAGAAUUUUAUACAUGACUACUGUGAUUCCUGAAUAUAUUUUAACAUGACUACCAUUAUCACUGUAUUUUGAAUGUAGAAUCAGACCACAUGAACAGUUUGUGCUUUGUUCACAUUAAGAAAUGCCAAAAAAAAAAAAAAACAUUCUGUGGCUCCAAUUGUCCAUUCAUCAUUAAGAUGCUAUAAACAUAGGAAGUCAUAUUUAUCCAGGACAGUUUGAGGUGCUAACAAAGCAGCAUUUGCUCGGUGCAUGGUGCUUAUUCUGUGGAAGUUGUAAAAUUAGUAUUUAUUCUGUAUACAAAAUUAUGUUAAUCACGUACUGUUUACUAGCAUGUUCAUUAAACCUGUUAGAGCAAUACUUCAUAACAAAUAAACAAAAUUUCGAGGUCACACCUGUGGUGUAAACUGAAACGGUGAUGCAAGAUGUUUGAGGUCUAACUAGUGGUGAAGUCAUUCAUGUAAGCUAUGUGAAAUGUGUUUAUAUUGCUUUUCUGUAGCAUAGUAAAUGUUAGCACAUCAGGAGAAUCUACUAAACUGUUUACACAAGCAGGUCUCAUUUCCAUGGAGAAUACUUGACAGGUCAGUUGUUGCUGUUGUUUUUAAUUAAUUCCUUUUUUUACUUUCUUGAGAGUGAGUUUUAGUGUUGUCCUCUUGAACUUUUCUACUGAGUGAUUAUGUUAACAUCAAGCUUUUAUAUCUGGGUUCUCACUGUCAGAAGGUGAUCAUUGCUGUUCAAGCGAGUGAUGGUCUCCUGUAGUGUCAAGCAUAAAAGCCACAUGAAAUGGUCACAACUCAUGGGCCAAGUUUACAUUUUUAUUUUGUAACUUGGUAUUCCACUAAGUUUGAUUGACAUGUGAUGUAACUGGCAACUAAUAAAUUGUUUGUUCCUGCUCA